AUUUACGGGUCAUACGUUUAUAAAAUGACGAUUUGUUAAUGUAGUCUUCAUUUUAAGCGUCUGUUUUAGCAGAAGCCUCGCCAACUUUCCAGAUCUAUCAUGGCAGGCAUUAAAGUGUUGUUGGAGUCCCUCAGGAGGGGACUAAAGGUGGACAUGAUUAGAGAUCUGGCUCAGCAGUAUCCCUUCAUCUGCUUCAUGCUCCUCUCUAUGCUGUCUUUAACUGCAAUCCUUAACAGUUAUUUGCAUGUGCUGAUGAUUUUUUGGUCUUUCUUGGCUGGAGCAGUCACAUUCUACUGUUCGCUCAGUCCCAACAGCCUCAUACCAAAUGUUCUGUUGUCAAUUAAGUCCAAGGAAAAAAAGCAGGAGCAGCAAGAGCUCUUCCCCCAAGGUCACAGCUGUGCUGUUUGUGGCAAAAACAAAUGCAAUCGACACAGACCAGCUCUAUUACUGGAAAACUACCAGCCGUGGUUGGGUUUGAAGGUGCACUCGAAGGUGGAUGCUUCCAUUGGAGAGGUGUUGGAGUUGGUGCUGGAGAACUUUGUAUAUCCCUGGUACAGGGAUAUUACAGAUGAUGAGGCAUGUGUGGAUGAACUGAGACAGACGUUUCGUUUUUUUGCAUCGGUUCUGGUUCGGCGAGUGCAGAAGGUGGACGUUCCAUCAGUCACAUUGGGCAAAAUGAUGAAGGCAGCCAUGAAGCACAUUGAGAUCAUUGCAAAAGCACAGCAAAAAGCAAAGUUUCAGGAUCUGCAGCAGGUUGCUCUGGAGGAGUACGGUGCAGAUUUGCAUGUUGCUCUGCGCAGUCGCAAAGAUGAGCUGCUCUACCUGAGAAAGCUUACUGAGAUGCUUUUUCCUUAUGUUAUGCCUCCUAAAGCUACCGACUGCAGAUCUCUGACUCUGCUGAUUCGAGAAGUCAUGACUGGUUCAGUGUUCCUUCCAACUAUGGACUUCAUGGCUGAUCCUGACACGGUGAACCACAUGAUCCGCCUGUUUAUUGAUGACACUCCGCCCGAGCCUGCGACUGAGCCCCCGUCUCCACUGGUGCCCUUUCUUCAGAAAUAUGCAGACCUGCGCAACAAGAAGCCCUCUGUGCUGAAGCUGGACCUAAAGGAGAUUAGAAAGCAGCAGGAUCUUUUGUUUCGCUUUAUGAGUUUCCUGAAACAGGAGGGAGCGGUGCAUGUGCUCCAGUUCUGCCUCGCUGUAGAGGAAUUUAAUGACAAGAUUCUGCGCCCCGAGCUAAGUGAUUCUGAAAUGCAGAGCUUGCACGGUGAGGUCCAGAAGAUUUACGACACAUAUUGCCUGGACGAAAGCAUUGAUAGGAUCAGCUUUGAUCCUUUUAUCAUCGAGGAAAUACGCAACAUUGCGGAGGGCCCUUACCCAGGAGUGGUAAAGCUGCAGAAAAUGACCUGUCUUUUUGAGGCCUAUGAGCAUGUACUGUCUUUGCUGGAAAAUGUUUUUACACCCAUUUUCUGUCACAGUGAUGAGUAUUUCCAGUACUUGCUGUGCGGCGCUGAAGCUCCUUCUAGGAAUGCCAAACUAAUCAGGAACCCUCCUAAACGAGGCGAGUCGUUCGGGAUCAGCCGAAUUGGCAGCAGACUGAAGGGAGUGUUUAAGAGCAACACAAUGGAAGGAGCAAUGCUGCCUUCAUACACCAUGGUUGACAGUGAAGAAGACACAGUUGAGGAAGCCACUGUGGUGGUGGAAGAUGACACUCCCGUGCCAGUGGAAGUUAUUGCCACCCCAGGAACACAAAGGAACCUGUCAGCAUGGACUAUAUCUAUUCCCUUUGUAGACUUUUAUGAUGAUGAGGUCAAGAAAGAGCGUGUUCCUGUCUUCUGCAUUGAUGUGGAACGCCACGACAGAGAGCAUGUGGGUCACAAGAAAGAAGGCUGGUCGGUUCUCAGACGAUAUUUUGAGUUCUACGUACUCGAGUCCAAACUCACAGAAUUCCAUGGUUCAUUCCAGGAUGCACAGCUCCCCUCCAAAAGAAUAAUAGGACCAAAGAAUUACGAGUUCCUGAACUCCAAGCGUGGUGAAUUCGAGGAAUACCUGCAGAACUUGCUCCGACACCCUGAGCUGAGCAACAGCCAACUGUUAGCCGACUUUCUCUCUCCUUACAGCAUAGAGACACAGUUCAUCGACAAGAUGCUGCCUGACGUCAAUCUGGGAAGGAUAUUCAAAUCAGUACCAGGGAAACUCAUCAAGGAGAAAGGACAAAACCUCGAGCCAUUCCUCCAGUCAUUCUUCAGCUCAUGCGAAUCUCCCAAAGCGAAGCCAAACCGGCCUGAACUCACUGUGCUCAGUCCCUCUGCGGGAAGCAAAAAGCUUGACAAUGAUCUUUACAACAGCAACGCUGACCAGACAGACAGCAUGGACCGAAAGCAGAAUCAGAACUAUUUCCUUGAGCGGAUGGAGUUGGAGGGUGUUUAUGACUACAUGAUGUAUGUAGGUCGUGUGGUUUUCCACAUGCCUGAUUGGCUUCACCACAUGCUCUCUGCUGGACGCAUUUUAUUUAAGAGAAGUCUGGAGGCCUACAUGGACCAUUAUCUUCAAUUUAAACUGGACCAAAUUCUUCAGGAGCAUCGCCUUGUGUCUCUAAUAACACUCCUCAGAGAUGCAGUGUUCUGUGAGAACAAUGAAGAGCGCUCGCCAGAGGACAAACAGAGACGAGCCAAGCUAACUUUUGAAGAGAUGAUGAACUACCUGCCAGAUAUUGUGGUAAAGUGUUUAGGAGAGGAGAACAAAUAUGAAGGCAUCCUGCUUCUCUUUAACUGCCUCCAACAGCCUCUGCUAAACAAACAGAUGACUUAUUUGUUGCUGGACAUUGCGGUUGAGGAGCUGUUUCCAGAACUCAGCAUGAGAGAAGAUCCUAACAAUAGACGGAUUUAGAGCGUAAUCAGACCAAUGGAAAGCUCUGGAGACGUUAUAACAUUCCAGUGUUUAUUAUUGCACUAUUGAACUACAGAAAUAAAUAUAUUUAUUCAGAA